AUGGCGAAAAACUACAUCGAGAACGUUGCUAUCGUUGGUGCAGGCGGUCACGUCGGAAGCUAUAUGUCGAAAGCCUUGGUCGAAGGCGGCAAACACAAGGUUACUGCAAUCACUCGGCCAGACAGCACAGCCAAAAUUCCCACUGGUGUUGCUCGUGCCGAGGUCGACUACAGCAGCCAUGACUCACUUGUCGAGGCUCUUAAAGGCCAAGACUUCCUGAUCAUUACGAUGAAUGUCAUGGCGCCACCAGGCUCCCAGGAAAAGCUCGUAGAUGCAGCACUCGAUGCCGGUAUCAAGUUCAUCAUGCCGAACGAGUACGGCGGGAAGUAUUCUGACGAGAAAUAUGCUCAAGAAGUCGUCCUCGGCAUGAGUGCACUUAAGGUCCGUCGUUACAUCGAAGAAAAGGGCGGCAACAACAUGCACUGGAUCGCACUGUCAUGUGCCUUCUGGUAUGAAUUCUCCCUGUCUGGAGCCGAGAUGCGCUUUGGGUUCGAUUUCCUCGAGAAGAAGUUGACGCUCUUUGACAACGGUGACUUCAAGAUCACCACUUCCACAUGGGACCAAUGCGGCCGGGCCGUAGCUAAAUUGCUCUCACUGCCAAUCGAGCCAGAAUCACCGGGCCAGCUGAGUGUAAACAGUUACAAAAACGACGCUGUCUACAUCUCUUCAUUUUACACCUCCCAGCGCGAUAUGCUGGCUUCCGUGCUGCGUGUCACUGGGCAGAAGGAAUCUGAAUGGACCAUUACCCACGAGAACAGCAGGGUCAGGUAUGAACGUGGUCAAGCCAUGUUCAAGCAAGGCGACUUCCACGGCUUCGCCAUACUUCUAUACGCUCGCAUGUUCUUCCAGGAUGGGUCGAGCUUGUUCCUGGAAGACUUGCAGAAUGAGAAGUUGGGACUUCCGCAGGAGGAUCUGGACAAGGCCACUGCGUUAGCCGUCAGGUUCGUUGAGUCUGGAGAACACAAGGGCUGGGUAUUUUAG